AUCCCACUGAAAUUUUAUAAUGGAUUCCGAUGAUAAUCAGAAAAUUCAUACUCCAUUAUCUUUUCCUUUGCCUUCAUCAAUGGCGUCUGCAUUUCCCGAGCCGCCGUUUUCCCCUUUCUUAGGUUUCGGUUGCUUUGAACCCGAAUUCGAAUCCAAACCCGAGGGUUUACGGGCUUUGCCCCACCCGUUGGAGUCCUUGUAUGAAACUCCAAUUCCGCCAUUUCUGGGCAAGACAUUUGAUUUGGUGGAUGAUCCUUCUCUUGAUUCCAUAAUCUCUUGGGGUAAAAAAGAUAACAGCUUUGUGGUGUGGGACCCAAUAGAAUUUGCGAGGAUGAUACUGCCAAGGCAUUUCAAGCACCGUAAUUUCUCAAGCUUUGUUCGUCAGCUCAAUACAUAUGGAUUUCGUAAAAUAGAUACAGACAAGUGGGAGUUUGCAAGUGAAGGUUUCGUAAGAGGGCAGAGGCAUCUGUUGAAAAAUAUCCAAAGGCGAAAAUCAUCUCAGCCACAGCAGCAGAUCGGAAGCUCUUCUGGCGAGGAAGGCAAAGCAGCUGCAUUGGAAGGCGAAAUCGAACGUUUGAGGAGAGAGAGAAGUUCAAUGAUGCGUGAGGUAAUCGAAUUGCAGCACCAGCAAAGAGGCACUGUUGAGCGUAUGGAAACUGUCAACGAAAAGCUCCACACAGCCGAGAAGAGGCAGAAGCAGAUGGUUUCAUUCCUGGGCAAAAUUUUCAAGAACCCGUCUUUAUUAUCUCGUAUUGGGCAAACGAGGGGGCAGAAAUCCAUUACCACCCCCAAAACAAUGCGAAAAUUUGUGAAACACCAGGGUAGUGAACCAAUAGGAGAGAACAAAGUAUCUGGUACAAAAGAUGUGUCGUUUGAGGUUGAGGAUUUUGCUCAAGAUCAUUAUCUUAAAGGAAAGGCUGUUUUGGGUCCCUUGCCAGAAUCCAUGCCCGAGUAUUUCAUCUCGUUCCCUGAUGACGUGGCGAAGGAGAAGGCAGCUGCUGCAAGUAUGACUGAAGUGGAGGAUGCAAUUUGGAGCAAGGGUUUUGAAUCUGGUGCUGGUAUUGGUAGUUCCACUAAUGAGUUUUGGAGUGAUGUCGGUAAUUACUCCGUGCCCGAAUUAGGUCGUUUUUCAGAUGUUUGGGACAUUCCAUUGCAGGCGGAUGAAGGGUAUCCUUUUAAUGAGUAGUAGAAUCGAAGGCCUUUUUCUUUUAUGCCUUGUGUCGUUAUAAUUUUAUUUCAUUAUACAUGAUUUCCACUUGUUUGAGUUCCAUUAUUUUUUC